GCCAGUGCUGUCAAGAGGUCGCAGAAUCCUCGUUAUAAAAUAAUUCAUUUCCUACCCCAACAUGAGAAGUAGCCGAUAAUAUUCACUUCUAAGGACCGAAGAUCGCCAACACAAGAACCAUGGUCACCUUCACGCAAGUUUAUCUCUUAAUCACGCUCAUCUUACUAGUGGGAACCGCUCCACCGGCAGUAGGUGAUGAUGAUAUCUGCGACAAAGACCGGAAGUACUUGGAUUCAUGCUUACAGAAACUUCCUUCACUUCUGUCACGAGAUAGCACAACGGGGAUUCCCAGUUCUAAGAAGUCUGUGGAACAAGCAUGCAAUGCUUUCAAGACUGGGAUGCAAUGCUUCGACCUGUACGCAGCCACGUGUCUGAAUGGUGAUGAACGGAAAGUCAUGAACAGAAAUGUGGCAGGAGCCAGGCACGCAUUCAGCUACCUGUGUGACGACCCUUCUUUCCAGACAGAGUACCUCCAAUACAACUCGUGCUACAGAAAAGUUUCCAGGGACUGGGACUUUUGUGCCAACAGAUUUCUGGAGAGAGUAAACAACUCGCAUACGAGAGCCUUCGAUAUAUGCUGCGCCAAUCACGCGUUUCUAGACUGUGUGUAUGACGUGGGAAUGAAGAAGUGCCACCACAAGGCUGCAGACUUUCUACGUAAAAUUGCCGGCAUCUUAGCUAACGUGAGAGUACACGAUGCAGCUUGCAGAUCCAAAGGAGAGACUCCAGACAGGUGUUCUGCUGCGGACUGGCGCCCUGCACUUCUUGUUGUAGUGAGCUGCUUCAUCGUUCUUUUGACUACAAAUGUUUCUAGCAGCUCUUCAAUCGAUUGAGUGAUUGAUGUGUCUUAAGACUGGAAUUGAAAGACUUCAUUUCCAGAACUAAAGAAAAAUACUGUCUUCUACAUAUUGUAUUACAAAUAUAGUUUGUACCAUCGUUUUAUUUGAUAUAUUGCCGUCGUACGCCAAAGGCUGGCCAAUGUUAAGGGAUCGUAAACGCACAGAAACACUGCAAAGAAAAGUAUGAAUGUCAUUCGUUGUGAAAUUUCACAGAGUAAUGCCAAUACAUAAUCGUGUAUCGAUAAAUCUUUAUUAUGAAAAGUUUUUAUAAAAGUAGCACUGGCCCUCGCAUAACUACGUAUGAAAUAUAGGUUUACAUAAUAUCCAUGAACAUUGGUAUUAGGAUGCAUAUAGUUAAUUUAUUAACCCUAUGGGCUGGUUCGUGUUUCAGAUGGUUAAUGUUUGCAUAAAUAGACAAGAAAUUCUCUGUUUCCAAUAAAAUCCGAAAGUACUCCAGACUGUUUUCUAAAGCCUGCACUGGUCCCUGUCCUGAACCAUGAAUAUUUAUUUUACUAUUGCCCUCUCAUUUGUCCCUAGGUCUUCCAUGUGGUGUUUUCGUUCCGGUUUAUGAGGCUCAAAUUCUGUAGCACAUCUAACCUGCCUCAUGUGUCCUACAAAUCCUAUUGAUCACAUCCUCAUACUUACUGUUCUGUAUGACUUUUAUAAAGCAAAAUGACAAAAUUUAUCUUUGUAUAACUGCUCCUUAACUUGAAUAAGAAAAGAAAUAUUAUAAAAAUUGUACCUCAAAAUGUUGUCGUUUACAUCAUUUCGUAAAACACAAAUUUCCUUGAACACCUUAAGGCCGAUAUAAAUUAGUUUUUGAUAACUGAAGAGUACAAAUAUUUACGUACAUGCAAGAAGAAAGGGAUAGUCAGCUAAUAUCGCGGCGUUUGCCUGGAGAGACUGAGAACACCAUGCACAUUUUCAGGACAACGGCUCUAUCGAUCGAAACUGAAUUGUAGACACCCAGAAUAUGAAGCACAAGUACUAAGCACCCAAGAAAGGAAUUUGGUGAUAGUUCAGGGAUAUUUCACCCAGAAUUACAGAGGAUAAUUAAUUAAACUUUUCGUCAAAACCACGUCCGUUAAGUAUUACAUGUGACAUAAAUGUAUGCAGACAUAGAGAGCUUAAUGCUAUUUUGCACAAAUUUCACAUAUAAAGGUAUGAUGGGGAGGUCAUUUCUAC